AUGUCCUGCGUGGCGGUCGUCAACAGCGUCGCGCUGCCCGAUGGACGGCAUGGCGUGCCGACCAAGGCUGUGGCGACCGACCGGGCGCCCCACGCGGUGCUGGAGGCCCGCUCCAUCCGGCAGCAGCAGCAGCUGGCCCACGGCAGUGGGGUGAACGAGUCUUUCUGGGAUCAUGUCCUGCGAAGAGGACCGGAGAGAGCCUCGUUCGACGAGGUGGACAGCACGGAGUCGCUGUCCGCGCACUCGUGGAGCCCGGGCCCCGGCCACCGGUCGGUGGUGGCGCUGUGGGACGAGGUGCGGCAAGAAGCUCGCGCCCUGGCCCGGCGGGAACCGGUGCUGGCGCCCGCGCUGCACGCCUCGGUGCUGCGCCAUGCUGACUUCGCCGCCUGCCUGGCUUCGGUGCUGGCGGGCAAGCUAGGCGACGCCACGCUGCCCGCGUCCCAGCUGGCACUGCUGGCGGCGUCGCUGUACGGCGCCGAUGCGUCGCUGCUGGAGGCCGCCUCGGCCGACCUGCAGGCCAGCGUGGAGCGCGACCCGGCCUGCCCCGGCCCCCUCCAGUGCCUGCUCUACUCCAAGGGCUGGCAGGCGGUGCAGGCCCACCGCCUGGGCCACGCGCUGUGGGCCGCGGGGCGCCGGCCGCUGGCCCUGGCCCUGCAGAGCCGCGGCAGCGGGGCCUGGGGUGUGGACGUGCACCCCGCCGCGCGCCUCGGCCGCGGCGUCUUCCUGGACCACGGCACGGGCGUGGUGAUCGGCGAGACCUGCGUCGUGGGCGACGGCGUCAGCCUCGCGCACGGCGUCACCCUCGGCGGCUCGGGCACGGGCAAGGGCGUGCGGCACCCGGUCAUCGGCAAUGGCGCUCUCCUGGGCGCCGGCGCCUCGGUAAUGGGGCCCGUCACCGUCGGCCACUGCGCGCGCGUGGGGGCGGGGAGCGUGGUGGUCGCAGACGUCCCCGCGCACAGCCUGGCGGUGGGCAUCCCCGCGCGCGUCAUUCGCCGGUUCCCCGUCACCAUGGAGCCCUGCAAGUCCAUGGAUCAGACGCUGGACGACGUGCUGGACUAUGUCAUUUAA